CCGAAACAGCUGAAAAAAAACACCGUUCGGUAGAAUGCGGGGGUCUCUUUUUUGACUGAAACAUCAAACCUGUCCGUCUGUCAAAUACUCAAAAAUAGUUUUUGCAAAAUGGCAGCCACACGAAGACUUCAAAAGGAACUUGCCGACAUCCGUGCAUCCGGCCUCAAGUCGUUCAGAGAUAUCACAGUCGACGAGGGAAAUCUGCUGCUAUGGUCGGGUCUGAUCGUUCCGGAAAAUGCUCCCUACAACAAAGGUGCGUUCAGGAUCGAGAUCACGUUCCCGGCCGAGUACCCAUUCAAGCCACCAAAAAUUUGCUUCAAAACCAAAAUCUACCAUCCAAACAUAGAUGAGAAGGGCCAGGUGUGCUUGCCCAUCAUCAGCGCUGAAAAUUGGAAACCGGCAACGAAGACUGAUCAAGUUAUUCAAGCUCUCAUAGCACUGGUCAACGAUCCAGAGCCAGAACACCCGCUCCGUGCCGAUCUAGCCGAGGAGUAUCUAAAAGACCGCAAAAAGUUCACCAAGAACGCGGAAGAGUACACCCGGAAGCACAGCGAGAAGCGACCGGAAUAAGCAACACCCUUCUUCAACUCUCCCCCAUUUUUAUUUUAUUUUUUGUUUGUCGCCCAUCCUCAGCAUCAGAGAAGAAGCAAAUCCAAAUCACAAAACCAACACACAAACACAAGUUUUUCGUUGUGUAUACUUAAAUUCAUCUAGUAUUUUUUUCUCUAUUUAAAAAAAGCUCCUUAUUUAAAAAUAACGACAUCAACCUGUGUCUCGUUGCAAGGUCAACGUAAAAAAGAAUAAACAUGAUAAUAAAUUCGAAUAGAUGAAUUGACACUGUUUUAUUUGUUGUGUUGAACCUUUUUUUUACUUUUCUAUCAUUUUCGCUUAAAAACUCAUCUACUCAACUUUAUAAUUUUACUCCCAGUUUAAACCACGAAUGACUGUUAACACCUAAUGGUCGUGAAUAACGCUUUUCUUUUUAUUAAAUAUUGUAACAUGCUUUAACAUACGCAAAGGAAAAAAAAUCUUAGGAAGCCGCUUUUUGGAAGCACUAAUUCAUCAACAGUUGCCACUCCGAAAUGGAGAGAAAGAAAGUAAAAAUGAAAUGUGUGGUAAUGUAUUUAAUAUAGAAACAAUAUGUACUAUUGUAACACGUCUGUGACAGCAAAGAAUAAACUGCGUUCUAAUUGAAAAAAAAAAAAUAAACUAGAGAAAAGAAAAUAUGUUCAAUAAAACAAGAAAAGAGCUAAUGUUGAAAGCAAGUGUUGUGUAUUGUAAACAAAGUAGCAAUAAAUUGAUAAGGUCGGCGAAUUUCGGAACAGUGGUAA